AAUCACAAGAGGGCGUGGUGUUUGUUUUUGUAGUGGGAUUCUGUUUGACGCAAGAAAUGUAGGAGUAGUUGACGGAAAAAACUGACACAGAACGGGCGUAGUUGUUAGUGAUUAGCUUGAAAUCAAAACUACAAUUUAGAAAUAUGGUUUACAUAUCAGCAGGUGGACAAGUAGUCCAAAAUGAUGGUUGGUCAAUCCAGAAAGUCAAAAGAACAUUCUGGAAUUUCGUAGACGGUGUUCUUCUUUUUUUCCAGACCCUUAUCAGUCCUGCAUCAAACCGAAGAGGCGGCAGAUAUGUUACACAGUAUGGUGCACCUGGAUCAAGUGGUAGGUCCCAAAGACAAAUAGGAAGACCUGGUAAUGUAAGCGGAGUGGCUGCACCACCUUGUGGGACAGGCGGAGGAUGAGGUUAAAGUUCAGACCAUGAUUGAAAAAUUAUAGGUCUGAUUAUUUCUACACAGCCAAUUCCUGCUUAAGCUCUUGAGCAAAAUGAAAUGGUAAUAUCAAACCCUUUCUGGGAGAAUUUCCAUGGAUGUAAGGAAUGGCGUGUGUUAAAAUGCAUCUUAACAAAUACAAACAGAAUUUUAUUUGUGAA